AUGAACUCGGUCAAGCGCCAGAAACAGCGCAAAGUGCUGCUUAUGGGCAAGAGUGGAGCCGGCAAGUCGUCGAUGAGAAGUAUCGUCUUCAGCAAUUACGUUGCCAAAGACGUGCGCAGGCUGGGCGCGACCAUCGAUGUCGAGCAUAGCAAUAUCAAGUUUAUGGGCAAUCUUAUGCUCAAUCUUUGGGACUGUGGAGGUCAAGACGGCUUCGUCGAGAACUACCUCAACCAGUCGAGGAAUCAUGUCUUUGGCUCCGUUGCUGUUCUCAUCUUCGUCUUUGAUAUCGAAUCACGCGAGUUUGCGGCCGAUGUCGUCUCCUAUUCAAACAUUAUCCGCGCCCUCCACGAAUGUAGUCCUAGCGCAAAGGUCUUCUGUCUCAUACACAAGAUGGAUCUCGUGCAGGCACGGCUGCGACAGGCCAUGUUUGACGAGCGCGCAGAGUACAUCCGGGAGGCUAGCGAGGGUUUCAAAGACACAGUAGAGUUCUUUGCAACAAGCAUUUGGGACCAGAGCUUGUAUAAAGCCUGGACUAAGAUAAUCUACUACCUGAUCCCAAACGCUGGUACCAUCGAGGCUCUGCUGGAACAGCUUGCCGAGGUCAUUGACGCAAGAGAACUGAUAUUGUACGAGCGGACAACUUGUCUUACGGUAGCGCACGUCACCAGGCAGACCGAAGAGUCAAAUCCUUUUACCGACCGGUUCGAACGCAUCUCAAGUAUCCUCAAGACACACAAACAGAGCAUGGCGAAACACACCAACAUACCCGCUGGAAGCGCAAACUUUGCUGAGAUGCAGAUCAAAACUGGUCGCUUCAUGUUCUUCAUCACCCGUCUGACAGAAAACACCAAUCUCGCCGUUGCCAUUCCACCUUCCGAGCAAGUCUUUAACGCUGCACGUGUCAACAUUUUCCAAGUACGACCAAAGUUUGCUGAGCUGGACAUUGCGGCGAAGCCCCGCCCACCGAUCCAACAAGCAUUUGCUGGAUCUGCGGAUACCAUGGGAGAUGCCUCUGAGAGAAACAAGGGGAGAGAAACGGCGAUGCAUGGCUCUGGAUACUAG